AUGGAAAUAUUUAACCACAUUGAUAUAAAGAAAUUUACAAGAGAAGAUUUACUUUACCUCAAGAACAACAAUUAUGUCUUAUUUAAUAUGUUUCAAAAGCAAGUUGACGAAAUAGCUUGCUUGUCCAGUAAGGAACAAAAAUUGUAUGGAUCCUUAACGUCUAUUAAUAAUAUAAUAAAUGAAAAUUAUACAAUAUAUUGCUUACUACACAAAGACGGUUUAAUAGGAUUCAUAAAAAUAGGUCAGAAGAAUCUUUAUUUAUAUGAUAAAAUUAAAUUACAUUAUGGAAAGUGUACAUGUGUGUUAGAUUUUUAUAUAUUGGAGAAAUUUCAAAAAAGAGGCCUGGGAAUAAAAAUUUUUAAUUUCAUGUUAAAAGACAACGACAUUUCUCCUUUUUGUUUAUGUUAUGAUAAUCCUUCUUAUAAACUGCAAAACUUUUUGAAGAAAUAUUUUUCUCCAUGUGUUUUAAUUAAACAACCCAAUCAUUUUGUUAUUUUUUCAAAUUAUUUUAAGAAUGUAUCGAGAAGAAAAUUAUAUGAGAGAGAAUUUCUAAUUAAUAUGCGUAUUAAAUAA